AGGCUGCCCCUGUACUUAUGUAAUGUAGAAUUCACGUGGAGAAGUCUGCAUUGCCGCACUCACUAAUUUGUUUCCGUUUUGUCUGAGGUCUAUAAAGGCUCAGCUCAAUCCGUGGCUGCGGACGACGAACAUACCCAGCCCACACAAGGCAGAAAAUACCGGACACAAGUGCCACAGCGCUGCAGCCUAUACCAACCCAACGAUGGACGUGUAUGACUCCCCAAUGAAGGCAUCAACGAGGCAGAUGCGUGCCGUUCACGAUAUCGCCGCCACGGGGGGAAACUUCCAAAAUGAUGUUUUAACAUUUUACCAGCAGUGGGCUGAAAACUAUGAUAAGGACAUGGGUCCGUCGCAUUACGGUGGCCCAGCAUUUGGCGCAGAAGCACUCAACAAAGUGUUAACAGACAAGAGCGCCCUCAUCGUCGACUGUGCCUCAGGGACGGGAAAAGUUGGCGAAGAGCUGGCUAAACACGGCUUCAAAAGAAUCCACGCGGUCGACUUCUCCCAGAAGUGUCUGGACAUCAGCGCUUCGAAAAAAGUCUACGAAAGGCUCAUCUGCGACCGACUUGGCUCGAACAAAAUCAAGGGAAUUGAAGAUGGAUACUACUCAGCUGUGAUCUGCGUCGGUGCCAUAUCAGUCGGACACCUGUCAUGUGAUGUCUUCCCCGAAUGGAACAGGAUUGUCAAAAAAGGUGGUUAUAUCGUCUUCACCCGAAGCAAGCUGAUAUUUCCAGACAAACAAUUAACCAGCGCAUUGGACGAGAUUCAGUCAGCUAUCGACGACUUGAUCAAGAAGGGUGUCUGGGAAGUUGUCGACAUCGUCAGUUUCGACGACUCGUUCUGCGUGGGCUACGGCUGCGACGUGUACACCAUCCGCCGUUCGCGCAAGUGCCCGCAGUACGUGCCGAGAGCGCUGCAGCCUUAUACCAACCCAACGAUGGACGCAUCGGACUCCCCAAAGAACGCAUCGUUGAAGCACAUUCGUGUCAUUCACGAUCUCGCCAACGCAGGGGGAAACACCCAAGAUGAAAUUCAAGCUCUGUACCAGCAGUGGGCUGAAAGCUAUGAUAAGGACAUGGGUCCGUCGCAUUACGGUGGCCCAGCAUUUGGCGCAGAAGCACUCCGCAAAGUGUUAACAGACAAGAGCGCUCUCAUCGUCGACUGUGCCUCAGGGACGGGAAAAGUUGGCGAAGAGCUGGCUCAACGCGGCUUCAAAAGAAUCCACGCGGUCGACUUCUCCCAGAAGUGUCUGGACAUCAGCGCCUCGAAAGGAGUCUACGAGAAGCUCAUCUGCGACCGACUUGGCUCGAACAAAAUCAAGGAGAUUGAAGAUGGAUACUACUCAGCUGUGAUCUGCGUCGGUGCCAUAUCAGUCGGACACCUGUCAUGUGAUGUCUUCCCCGAAUGGAACAGGAUUGUCAAAAAAGGUGGUUAUAUCGUCUUCACCCGAAGCAAGCUGAUAUUUCCAGACAAACACACCAGCGUAAUGGACGAGAUUCAGUCAGCUAUCGACGACUUGAUCAAGAAGGGUGUCUGGGAAGUUGUCGACAUCAUCAGUUUCGACGACUCGUUCUGCGUGGGCUACGGCUGCGACGUGUACACCAUCCGCCGUCUGUAAAGCGCGAACAGCUCCCUCUUGUGGCUUUUGCAUGGCCCUUUCAUUAAUACGCUUAAUUUUUCAUGGUGAGUUUAAUGGUCGCAUUUUGAAGUUUUUAUGUAAGGGCUGUUUGCUUCGAAGUUCAACCGAAGCAAUUUCAUUAUUAAAUAUAUAUUAAUUCGGUAGGUUACUUUUGGGAUAAAUGCAUAUGAUCACGUGUCUUUUAGUAGUGGUAGUCUAUCACGUAACGAGGAUGGCGAAGCUUUCUUUCUUUAUAUUUCAAGCAUAAUACUAAGAAUGUUAUAUUGCAAGUAAAGAUCAAAGAGCCAAUGGAAGACAAUGAGUGAUGCUCAAGAUGUACUUCUUAAUUGGUAGUGGGUCUUAGGGAGUUUACUGUUGCUAUCUGGUGGAGUGCUAUGGCCACGUGGUUAAGAGCAUCGGAUUUGUAGUCUGCGGGCAAUUCUGCAUGUUGUGGGUUCGAGUCCUGCCUGGGGUCAUGGUGCGUGUGCCCUUGGGCAAGGCAUUUUGUCACUCAUUGCUUCUCUUCAGUUUAGACUCCUAGUCCUUUUCUUCAUAGUCCUUUUCAUUUGUUUAAACAAAUUCUACACUCUAUUGAAACAUAUUGGGCCACAAUUCAUUUGUAUUACAUUGGUAAACCACUAGUUUGUGGCUUUAAUGCUUUAGGGAUGAGUUAAGUUACUAAAUGUUAAAUUGUCGAUGUUGACUUUUAACACCACCCCCAAUAAACAUGACCUUGCUA